AUGGGCAACUGUUGCUCUCAGAGCAACGACACCGAUGCCCCGGCCGAAUCGGCCGAGGUUGCCAAGGGAGGAUCAACAAACAACAACUCCCAAGGCAGCAAUAAUAACACCGGAGGAGGGGGAGGAGAAGGCGGUGGCGGUGCCAGCAACCACCAGAGUUCGGGGAAAUCAUCCCCGGCCCCUAAUCCUCCUCCGUCCAAAGCCGCGAAACCCGGCCCAAUGGGUCCCGUGCUCCAGCGUCCCAUGGAAGACGUGAAAGCCACGUACACCAUAGGAAAGGAGCUAGGAAGAGGACAAUUCGGAGUCACGCAUUUGUGUACGCAUAAGGCCACCGGACAACAAUACGCGUGCAAGACGAUCGGGAAGAGGAAGCUCGCGAACAAAGAAGAUAUCGAGGACGUGAGGAGGGAGGUUCAGAUAAUGCAUCAUUUGGCGGGACAACCGAACGUGGUGGAGCUGAAAGGAGCGUAUGAGGAUAAACAUUCGGUGCAUCUGGUGAUGGAGCUGUGCGCCGGCGGCGAACUGUUCGAUCGGAUCAUCGAGAAGGGUCAUUACACGGAGCGAGCGGCGGCGUCGUUGAUGAGGACGAUAGUGCAGAUCGUUCAUACUUGUCACUCCAUGGGCGUGAUUCAUAGAGAUCUCAAACCUGAGAACUUCUUGCUCUUGAAUAAGAAGGAGGAUUCGCCUCUCAAGGCCACCGAUUUCGGUUUAUCCGUUUUCUACAAAGAAGGGGAGACAUUUAAAGAUAUUGUUGGGAGUGCAUAUUAUAUAGCUCCAGAGGUAUUGAAGAGGAGAUAUGGGCCUGAAGUUGAUAUUUGGAGUAUUGGUGUCAUGCUCUACAUUCUUCUUUGUGGUGUUCCUCCAUUUUGGGCUGAAUCGGAGCAUGGCAUCUUCAAUGCCAUAUUAAGAGGCCACGUAGAUUUUUCAGCCGAUCCAUGGCCAUCCAUAUCACCAUCAGCUAAAGAUCUUGUGAAGAAAAUGUUGAAUUCUGAUCCCAAGGCCAGGCUCACAGCCCACCAAGUUCUAAAUCAUCCAUGGAUUAAGGAGGAUGGAGAAGCACCUGAUACUCCUCUUGACAAUGCUGUGCUCAACAGGCUCAAACAGUUUAGAGCAAUGAACCAAUUCAAGAAAGCUGCUUUAAGGGUGAUUGCUGGGUGCCUAUCAGAGGAAGAAAUAAUGGGAUUGAAGGAAAUGUUCAAGAACAUGGACACUGAUGGCAGUGGAACCAUUACAAUUGAAGAGCUCAAGCAAGGCCUUGCUAAACAAGGAACCAAGCUUUCUGAACAAGAAGUUAAGCAAUUAAUGGAAGCUGCUGAUGCAGAUGGCAAUGGAACCAUAGAUUAUGACGAGUUCAUCACAGCAACGAUGCAGAUGAACCGAAUGAACAAAGAAGAACAUCUCUACACUGCCUUCCAAUACUUUGAUAAAGAUAACAGCGGGUACAUUACCAUUGAAGAAAUGGAGCAAGCUCUCAAGGACUUCAACAUGCAUGACGGCAGGGACAUCAAAGAAAUCAUCUCAGAAAUUGACUCAGAUCACGAUGGAAGGAUAAACUAUGAAGAGUUUGUAGCAAUGAUGAGAAAAGGGAACCCAGAAGCUAUGACCAAGAAGAGGCGUGAUUCUUCAUAUGUCUGAUCUCUAUAUCAUCAUCACUACAUAUAUUCUUUUAUAAAGUUUUUAGUUGGGGAGAGACUUCCAUUGAGGGAAGCUAUAUGGCAAGAAAGGAUCAUCAUCAUCAUCAAUUCACCAUCAUCGUCUUUACAUACCUUUCAACAUUAUCAUCUGGGAAUGCAUGUUUCAUCACUGAAACAUCUUCCUCCCAAAGUGAAAGAAGGAUCUUUGAUUAUAUAUUCAUGCAUUCAUAUUA